AUGUUGCUCUGGAUUGCCGCUUUGACGCUGCUGGCACCGAUUGCCAUCUACCUCAUAGACCGAGCAAUCUUUUUCCGGUUCAGACAGUAUGCUCACCUUCCCCAGCUCCCAUCGUCGCUUCUAUGGGGCCACCUCAAGGCCUUGGACGGCGUGAUGCGUGAAGGCGAUAGACGUCGGCACAUUGACACAGACCAGGUGUUCCUGGAGAUAAAGCAGAAGCUAAACAGCCCCCCUCUGUUCAUCGCUGACUUCCGCCCGUUUCUUCACGUCAUCUGUGUGAUCUGUGACCAUGGCGUGGCGGAGCAGAUUUCGCGCAGCUCCAAGACGUUCCCGUAUAGUGUCCCAAAGGGCAACGCGCUUGAUAUAUUCAAGCCUUUAAUGGGUGCAAAGUCGAUUAUUCUAGCUGAAGGAACGGAGUGGAAGGGCCUCCGAAAGCGCUUCAAUCCAGGCUUCGCACCGCAGCAUCUGAUAUCGCUUCUUCCGUGCAUUCUCGACCGCGUUGGCCGAUUCACCGAUGUCCUUGAUAACUAUGCGGCAUCAGGCGAGAUCUUCGGUCUAGGCGAGCUGUGCACUAACCUCACCUUUGAUGUCAUAGGAGCUGUAUCGAUGGACGAGGAUUUUCGCGCGCAGUGCGGACAGGCGUCCCAGAGUGAAAUUGUCAUCCUAUUCCGUGACUUUGUCGCUACUUGGCGCACUGGAGGGAGCGCGGCCUGGGACAUAUUCAAAGUGCGAACGCAGGCGCGGCGAUGGUGGCUCUCGCGCAGGCUAAACAGGGUUCUCAGGCAGGAGGUUCAGCGGAAAUAUGCCGAGUGGAAAGUGAGCGGUGUACAGAGGCCAAGGAGUAUCCUAGAGCUUAGCUUUGAGGCUAUUGAAAGUCUCGAUGGACAUGUUCUGGACCAGACGUGUGAUCAGAUCAAGACGUUCCUGUUUGCUGGCCAUGAUACGACGAGCAGUCUUCUACAAUGGGCAUUCUACGAACUCAGUCGGACACCUCAUGCUCUUUUGGCAGCGCGGCGGGAAUUGGACGAUAUAUUCGGUUCUGAUUCAUCCUCAGACGCAGUUAGAGCUCGCUUGCGUGCUGGUCAAAGCGAGAACCUGUUGAGUCGCAUGCCUUAUAUCUCUGCCAUCGUCAAGGAAACGCUGCGUCUACAUCCUCCAGCCGGGACAGCACGACAUGUUCCCCAUGGAGCGGGAUUUAAUGUUAAACUCCCAGAUGGGGAGACAGUCUCUCUUGAUGGGAUGGUCCUGCACAACUGUGCAACAAUCAUCCAGCGAGAUGAGCUGGUGUAUGGGCCAACGAAGGAAGCGUUCGUCCCAGAGCGCUGGCUGGAUCAAAACCAAAUGGAGCAGCCGGAUGGAGCUGAGAUGGCUAGUGACAAGCUACCCCCCUCUGCAUGGCGACCAUUUGAACGUGGCCCUCGAAACUGCAUUGGGCAGGAGUUGGCUAUCAUUGAAGCUCGUGUGGUGUUGGCGUGCACGUUGAGGCGUUAUGACUUUACCAAGGUUGGCCUGGGUGAGAUCCUGCGUGAUGAGAAAGGACGGCCUGUUAUGGGUGAAUAUGGACAGUACAAAGCCCAGUCUGAACUGUUUAAUAUUUGGGAGGUUAUUGCGAAACCCAUUGAUGGGACACAGAUGAGAGUCGCGAUUACUGGUAGUUGA